UUUUCUAUCAAUCAAGCCAACAAUUUCAAAAUUAUUUCGAUUUUUUUAAUUCUACCUUUUUUCAUUUAUAAAAACUGUCAACUUGUUACCUCCCUCCCCUCCUGCUAAUAACCGUUCGUCGCACGAAACUCACUUGUAAGCAAAAAUCACCAUAAAAAUUCGUAACCCCGGACUAAACAACAAAAAAAAAAAUAAAACGACAACCUUAUCCAAUAGCUAAACGAAACACAACAACAGCAAGCAACAUUAAUAAGUAAAACUAGAACAAUGCAAAAGAAUUUGGAAUUGCGUGAUGUGUGCAGUUUGACAUCAACGAAGAAAUUCAAUCGCUGUCGUUCCUUUCAUUUCCGGUAUUUAGAGCUCUGUCGUGCGAAGAAUCUAACUCCCUUGUCAGAUAUUCGUACCAAAAAUAAUGCAACAUCCAUGUUAGAUUUUUUCGGCGAAAAAUUAGGGGUUACUGAUUGGUUACUAAUUAUUGAAGCUCUUUACUAUGAUCAAGUACUGCAAACUCUUAGCAUUCGAUUGCGCAAAACCUUGGGAAUGGUGUUGGAGCAUUUGGAUACCGAAAAGAAAGCACGGCUUUUCAAACAGAAGCCGGUGGUUUGUACAAAGUUCGUUUUUUCCGGUAUCGUGGAGGCGGUCUCAAAUUGUAUUGAGUUCAAUAAGAAUUUAAGGAUUCUAAAUCUAGAAGGCUUGCCACUAAAUGAUAAAUAUGUGGAAUCCAUUGCUAAGGCACUGUCUUCAAAUGAAAGCCUUAAGGAAAUAAGUUUUCAGCGUUCGAAUAUUUAUGACAAAGGAUGCGAGGCUAUAUGCAAUACAAUUAAGUAUUUGGAAAAUGUUGAGAAAUUAAAUUUAUCAGAAUGUGAGUUAUCAACAAAAGGAGCUGAACACGUAGCCGCUAUGAUUAAGAUACAAAAGAUAAGUCGCUAUACGGAGGGCUGGAAAAAAUCGUUACGCUAUCGGGAUGUUGAUCCGGAUUCCAUACCUGGAUUGCGUUCGAUCGCGUUGGCGCGUAAUCCGCAGAUCGGCGAUGAUGGUGUAAAAGCAAUUGUUGAAAUAUUAAAGGAGGAUGUAUGGGUAAAAGUGAUCGAUAUGGAGAAUUGUGGUCUGACUGACCGUGCAGCAAACAUGAUCUUGGAUUGUCUUGAAGUCAACAACUACAUAAUUGAUUUCAAUGUACGUGGAAAUGCAGGUAUAAGUAAGUUUCUGCAACGUAGCAUACGUGAACAGCUCGGAAAGGAGGAUGAGGACCAAAAGAUGCUCGAAGGUCAAAUGCAGCACAGUGCCGGUGGUCAUGGACCAAAUGCACAGCCAAAAAAGAAUCGCGUCACCCUGACACAACUCAAGGAACAGCUUAAAACGUUAGAAGAGCAGUUGGCAUUCGAACGCGUGCUACGGAAAAAGGCAGAACAGUUAAAUGAAAAACUCAAUCAACAAAUAAUUGCAUACGAAAAUCAAAUGGAGAAUGAAGCAAAUGCUCGUAUACCAGAAGGAUAUGUAGUUGUGAAGAAUGAAUCUUUACAAUCCAUCAUUAAAGAGCGCAAUGACUUCCAGAAGUUUGCCAGUAGCGUGUGUCGCAACAAUUCGCCGCGCAACAACAACAGUCGAUCCAAACAAAUUAAUUCAUUGCCAUUGCAACAUUCGCAAAUGUCCAUGCGGGAAUGUGCAAGAACUAGUGUGUCGACAGCCAGUGGUAUCUCUUCUGGCCUGAAUAACGUAACACGUGAACGCGAGACAAAUGCAAAAAUGCACCAGGCUAUGCCAUCGCCAACCUUAACCGUGAAGGAGGUUCCGCGAAAGCCGCUUAAAGUUCGCAAGGUGAAAAGUGAAAUGAAAUAUGUGGAACCAUCACCGAAAGAUUCCUCCAAGAAGAAGGAAUCUAAAUCGGAUCAUGAGUUCGCCAAUGAGACUGACUUUCAACUCACCACGGUACAAUUCGAGACAAAUAUCGGUGAUUCGGCUGCCAACAACAUGUCGCCUAUGAUGUUACCCAUGCCAGGCGGUUCUUCACCAUUGCCAACACAACUAACAGCUCGCAUUGACAAGAAGCCGAUAAAUAAUGUUGGUGGUUGCACUCUUCCUAACAGCAGCCGCAAUAGUUUUGGGAAUAAAAUCGAAAUGGACGAUUUGUCUAUAUCGACAUCGCGCAGUCAAACAAGUGAUGGCUGUUCCAGCGACUCCGAUACGUUGCGCAAUAGCUUGGCAGAUUAUCAGCCCUUGAAGGUAUUCAUACGACGCAACAAGUCGUUGGCAACUCAACAGCAAACGCAGCAGAAAGGACAGGGUGAGGGGGUGACAAUGGGCCUUAAGUCACCCCGGUCGCUUUUUCUGGGAUUGUGUGAUUAUUAAGGACACAUGUGUGUUGAAAGGAAGGAAGCAGGAAAGCCCAGAAAAUUGUGUCGAAGUUGAUUUACUUUUAUUAGUUGAAUUUAGUAUUUUUUCAUUUAAAACUAUCGGCAAUGAGCAUAUAUAGGCCUCUCUCACACAUUCUUCCUAGUUUUAGUUAGGAAGUAGAGAGUUAUGUAUAUCAAAUGUUAUAGAAUUACACUAUAAAAUUCUCUGUAGCGUCCGAAAUAUAUUUUCGUAUACUUUUUCCUGCUCAAAGCAGUUCUUUUGUAAUCCUCUUUUCCACUUCUAUGCAUACAUGUAUGUAUAUAUUUUGUAUAAAAUUAUGUUUAAAUAAAUAGUCAUUCAUAAAAAGUCCAAAGCAAAUUAUUUCGAUGAUGUAAUGCAUGUUUAUUCAUCGAUACUGAGUUUAUAAGAAAAAAACCCCUUAGGAUUAUCAAGGUAUUCAAAGAAGAAAAAUGUCCACUUCUUUCUGAAGCCCGAAGUAGAAAUAAAAAUAAACACCAAGGAAAAUGUAAGUUUUCCUGCUUGAUUCAAAUCGUAUCCACAAGCUUAAAUGAUUGUAAGCAAAGCGUCAGCAAUUACAUUAGAUGAAGAUAGCUGACACCUGGCUAAACUUCUACUAUAUAUUGCUAAGAGUAUCCAAGUGAACUAAAUUCAUGAGCUAAAUAGCUAACUGCAAUUCAACACGCUACUGUAAUACUCACCUAUGUA